AGAUUUCAAGAAGUUCUUGAAAAUCCAGAUUUUGCAGGCAAAAAGGUUAUAUAUAUAUGUAGCAGCUCCUGAGACUCAGAAGACCGAGAAACAAUUGCCGACGCCAAACCGAGACGUUUUAUCCGCCUUCCACAAUGAGCGUGAUGGAUGCCUUCCGAACCUUGGCCUUGUCCUACUUCAAUAUUCUGUCCACCACGGGCCUGGCCCUUCUCCUUCUACUGCUGGAGAAGUUGGUGGAAAGUGACUUUGAAUGUCCCGGAGACGCCAUGAUGUCCUUUGGCUACAGCCUGUUCUUCAUCGUUGUGCCGUGUCUGAUCCUCUUGUUUCUGGGAUGGAAGUUUUCUGACUUGCCCUGCGCGUCGUGCGGAUCCUGCUGGUCGGGGUGCCGCUCCUGCUACACCUUCAUCCGAAUCUCCACGGCUCCCAUGUUAUGGUUCUUGAUCGUGUUAAGUGAUGGAAGAUACCUGGAGUGCUUGGCCAAGUUUCUAAGGAGAGGAGAGGGAAAUGCCAUAGUCAAGCCAAUAGGCCAGGUGGUCGGACUCUUGGGUAUUUGCGUUCUCAUCGCACUCAGGCUCUUCCUAUCGAGCUGCAAUUGCUGCCGUUGCGCACAAGACACUCGGGCAAACUGGCAUGAGCAGAAGUACGAGGAGUACCUGCUCAGAGAGGUUGAAGACGGUAUAAGAAAGAAGGCAAACAAGAUACACGAAGCCUACGUAGAAGUCUUGGUUGAGAAAGCUUUUUCCGGCGGGAAUUGUCAAACCGGGAUCAAAGGAUGGAUGAAAAAUCUGGAAACUCUCGUGAGUAAAGCUAAAAAGAAUGCAAAAAAAGAAAUCAGGAAAAAGAAAAAAAAAGCGAAGAAAUGUGCCCAAAAAUCAAACCAAAUGUUUGCUGAAGAAUUUACGGUUUCCUUAAAUGCAGCGUUGCUUGAAAACAGCGAUAUCAACGUCUAAAAACAAAA